AUGGAAAAAACAUAUAAAGCUUUUUUAUUCGAAUGCGCCGGUAAACGUGAACCUGAGAAAGAACUAGAAGCUCAGAGAUGGAUUGAAGCAGUCAUCGGUGAAAAGUUCCCUUCAGACCUUCCCUACGAGUUAGCUCUUCGCGAUGGCAUCAUACUCUGCAAGUUGAUGAACAGGCUUCAACCCGGUAUCAUCACCAAAGUUAACGUUUCGGGUGGCGAUUACAAGUUCAUGGACAAUAUUAAUCAGUUUCAAAAAGCAUGCGUUAAAUAUGGUGUACCAGACGUUGACCUGUUCCAAACAACUGACCUCUGGGACCAGAAGAACAUUGCUCUCGUGACUCAAACAAUCUUCGCUAUUGGCAGAACGGCAUAUAAACAUCCAGAAUGGCGCGGCCCCUGGCUCGGCCCUAGGCCCGCUGAGGAGAACCGACGAGAGUUCAGUGAGGAUGUGCUCCGUGCCGGUGAAACUGUAAUAGGUCUGCAAGCGGGCACUAAUAAAUUAGCUAGUCAGUCUGGACAGAACUUCGGUGCGUCUCGGAAAAUAAUUCUUGGCAAGUGA